AUGGGAACCCUUGACGGAGAGUGCACUGAUCAGUUGGCUGACCCUCCUCAAUCAAAGCCGAAAUGUAAGAACAAUAAACGUGUCUCCUUCCCGCCAGAUGAAGAAUUAGUAAGUGGAUUUGCCGAGAAGAAGGAAGUGCUGAAAGAUGUCAGCAACCUAACAUUGCAAGGGAUUAUAACUUCCUAUAAGCAGAGUUGUGAGAAGCAUCAAGUGGAGCCCAAAGCAAAGUUAUUGGAACAGCUUCAGGAUAUCACCGACAUACACCAUAGAAUCAGCAGUCUAGAUCUAAAAGGUGAAUUGUUAACGCACCAGUCAUGUGAGUGUCUAGAAGAAAUAUUGAAAGGGCUACAGUUUGAGAUCAUUGAUCUGCAGGAGACCAAACUGGAUGAAAAUGGAGCCUCUGCUUUGCUGGAUAUGAUUUUAUAUUAUGAAUCGGCAACAUAUCUCAACAUUUCUUCCAAUCAAAAUAUUGGAGGUCUGGGCUGGCUGGCUUUGUCCCAGUUAAUACAGAAGAGCAGUUGCCUGGUGGGCCUGGAUGCCAGUAACAUGCCACUCCUUGAAUGCCCUGCGCGGACUCUGUCCCGAGCCUUGCAGUUUAGUAGGCUGACAGUACUACACCUUGAGAACUGCUACCUAACUGGCCGCCCUCUGUUUACGCUAGUUUCAGGACUCACGUUUAGCCCAGCGCUGCAGGAGCUCUACCUAGCCGGCAAUGGCCUCAAUGGCUCUCAGGACUCUAUGCAACUGGGUGACCUGGUCAAGUACAAUUGCUCUCUUAAAUUACUGGACCUGAGAGACAACCACAUUUCAGACACAGGUCUGGAAGAUAUCUGUGAAGGUUUAAGGGUCCCAAACUCUGGCCUGAGGUGCUUGGUACUCUGGAACAACCAGCUCACCCAUCAAAGCAUGAGGCAUCUUGCAAAAGUCCUAUGUUAUGUCAAGAAUCUUGAGACACUGAAUCUGGGCAAAAAUGCCCUCACAAAUGAAGGAAUUCAGAGGCUUAAAGAUUCUCUGAUAAUCAACCAGUCAGUACGGAAACUUGGAUUGGCAUCUACCAGACUAACUUGUGAAGGUGCUGUAGCUUUGGCCGAGUUCAUUGCUGAAAGCCGAUGUAUCCUGCGACUGGAUGUACGAAGAAACUUGCUCAGAGCCGGGGGUCUCAUGGCACUCUCUCUUGCACUUCGAAUAAACAAAUCACUGAUCAGGGUUGAUCUUGACAGAACUCCAAAAGAAGAGAAGUAUGGAGAGACCACCCAGUGA